UGUUAUUGUGAAAAGUGAAUAGUUUUCGCUGAAUAAAAUAAAUAUUUAACACUGAAUAUUUCAAAAUAUGAAAACGUGAAGAUAAUACUAAUGGUGUUACUUGAAGAAGAAAAAUUUGGAAGUGCGGUGCUAUGGGUACAUGCCUUGGACGAUGUUUGCACCGCAGUAAUUCUGGCAAUAUGCGUCAUCGUUCUGGGAGUAAUCGUACUUUCCGGCACGACGAUAGCAUUGAAUUUUUUCAUUUGGUCGAUUCUAGCGAAGAGCGUGCCCAGGGCCCUAAAAUGCCAACGAAUAUCGUGUCGAAAUUUUUUGCUAAAAUGGAUAAACGAAAAUGCAAAACCAAGAAAAAACCUGUUUUGGAAUUGGCUGAGGACUUAUGGUGUCCCUUGGGAGAUCCCCAUUAUUCAAGACUUCAUAAAUCUGCUUCCGUGCAAUCUAGGCCAUCACAAUCCACCAGUGCUGGAGAUAUUUCUUUACAAUGUUUGGAUGCGCGCUCAUUGCUUACUAGUGGAGCUGGACGAGAACAGUCUGUUUUAUCAUCUUCAACACCGCCAUCUUCUAUUGACUUAGAGUGGGAACAUGAAGGAUAUCCUUCACCGGCUCCAUGGAAGGUGUUGCCAGAAGAAGAUGAUUUUUUACAUUUCGAUUCAUCUAGUCAAAAUAGUCAAGUAACAAUCGCAACACCAGCUCAGCAAAAGAAAUGUCCAAGUGAAAUAACACAUUUAUCAGGAUGGUCGCAAAUAUCAACACCGGAUUCACUUGAAUGGGAUCCGGUUCAAACAGCGUUACAAGAUUCUAGUGAGUUACCUGUUAGUGAUUUAGAUGCUGAGACUGAGCAAUUAUUAUGCGAGAUAGAAAGACUGACCAAAAAAGCUCUAAAAGAAACGGGUAGAGAUUUAGAUAGAUGAUCGUUGUUUUAAAAAAUCAAACGAUAUUUCAAACAUCAUUAAACGGACUUUUAUUUAAAAAACGGAUAUAAGUUCGUAUUGCCUUUACUUUGGGAUGCAUCACAAUUCCAACGCUGAUAAGCAUCCGAAUGCUGAUAUGCACGCGAAUAUUCUAAGUAAACGUUGGAAAAUUAUUAUAAGUGUCUAAUGAAAGUUUAUUUCAUUGUUUUUCUAGUUUUUAAAAUAAAACCAAAGAUUUAAGAAUAUAAAGUUGUUUGAGACUAUUUUGAGAAUUUUAUAUUACACAUUGGAUUUGAUAUAUAUUAAUUAUACAUGUGAGCCAAAAGUUUCUUUCCGAUUUAAAAAGGCUUUAGUGAGCCUUUUUAGAUAAGCUGAAAAUGCAUAGUUGUUAGCCAGCACCACGUCCUCAAUCGUAAGCCUAUUUUACGUUCUCAUGCGGGGGGGCUUUGGUCCCAAUAGAGUGCCAAAGAUGUAGAGUCUGUCUCACAUUUUCAUAAAAUUUCUUGUAUGCACGUCGUGUGGAAAUUACUGAUCAACCUUUGCUCUAAAAUAACUUUGCAGAUAAUACUGACUCGUCAUUUUCAAAAACGUUUAACAAAAUAGAAAGCUUUUUAAAUCAGAAAGAGACUUUCGACUCAUCUAUGCCAGCACACUUUUUUGUAAUUAUUUACAACAAGUCAAAAAUUUUUAUAAACGUAAUCUUAGUCCAAAAAACAUUAGUCAAACACAGUAUUGAGAUAAAUGUCUGCGCUUUUUAAGUAGAGGUUCCGAAUGGAUAACAAAUUCAAAGUUGUUUAUGCGACAUUCGACAAAUUUAAUUCAUAAAUUUUAAGCUGAUGAAGCAAUAACAAAUUUCCGGCCUGUACUUAAAAAAACGCUGCAUUCUCAAUAGUACCCUUACUUACUGUUGUAAAUCAUUUUGAAAAAUGUACGCUGGCGUUAUACCUUGAUGCUUGCUUUCAAGAGAUACGUAAUAUAAGCGAUAGAGUUUUGUUUUAUAAUAAAAAAAAACAUUGAUUUUAAGAAAAUAUUUGGCAGGGAACUGCGAUCAGCUAUUAUUUUGAAACUCUCCUUUUUAGGUUGUGUAUUAAACACGUUUUGAUAAAAAAAAUGAUCACUUAGCAAUUAAGUAAAUCAGUUCGAGUUUAGGAAUAAAUAGCCCCGGAAAAAAUAGCGACUAUUUUUGGCACAAGAGCUCGGUUUACAUUUUUUCCUUAUUUUUGAAAACUUGAAAAAAAUCAAUGUUUGAUUUAGAUACAAAAUUCUAUAUUGUAAAAUAUUAAAUUUUAUUAAAAGACUUAUUAUUAUCGGGCUAUAAUAAGAUAACAAAUUAUACAAAAUAUUGAUUUAUCAUUCCAAAUAAACGGGUACUUAGAAAGUUGUUGACAAUUUUACUAAAGUAAACCCAAACGUUAUA